CCAGUUUCUAACCUCUGAUCGAUCAUCUAUUAUUGCCUCUCUCUCUCUCUCUCUCUCUCACUCUCUCUCUCUCUCCCCACCACGUUACGCAGAGGAAGCUAUCUACCUUCUUUCCAAUCUCUCUGUAAAAAAAGGUUAUAUUUUUCUUUUUUAAUAUUAGCAGCUUUGGUUGAAUAUUUCCUGAAGAAAAUCUUGCUACGAAAAUGGGUUUUUCAUGUCAAACAUACUUGGCUAUAUAAAAAGCAUUUUUCUCUGAAGAUCAUCGAUAGCCAAGGCAGAGCUUAACAAAGAUAUGUUGGAUCUCAAUGUUGAUAUCCUCUCCAGCUACUUACCUUGUGGGGAAACGGAGGAGACAGUAAUUGUAAAGAUGGAGAAGGCGCUUCCAGAGGGCUCCAGAACCCAAAUGGAAGACUCCGGGACCUCCACCUCCUCCGUUGUAAAUGCCGAAGAAGCUCGAAGCUCUGCCCGGGACGCUGACUCUCCGAACAACGCCUCCGAGUUCAUGUUUGACAUCUUGAGAAAAGGGAAACGCCAUGUCCCCAGAGACGAAACCCCGGCACCGGAGCCCGUUACCAGGCAGCUUUUCCCGGUGACCAGAGAGCCGUCGAGGCCUCAAUGGUUGAACUUGUCGUUUGCCGACUCCGGUGGUCAGGCCGAGCUGAGUAUUUUGCAGCUGAAGCAACCGCAAGUGAGGAAAAGUAGGCGGGGGCCGAGGUCCCGGAGCUCGCAGUACCGGGGCGUUACGUUUUACCGGAGAACCGGGCGAUGGGAAUCCCACAUAUGGGAUUGUGGGAAGCAAGUAUAUUUAGGUGGGUUUGACACUGCUCAUGCCGCGGCUAGAGCCUAUGAUCGGGCGGCGAUUAAGUUCCGGGGAGUUGAUGCUGAUAUCAAUUUUGAUAUAAGCGAUUAUGACGAGGAUAUGAAACAGACGAGAAGUCUGGGUAAGGAAGAAUUUGUUCAUAUUCUUCGUCGCCAAAGCACUGGAUUCUCACGAGGGAGCUCAAAAUACAGAGGUGUAACCCUUCACAAAUGUGGUCGAUGGGAAGCUCGAAUGGGACAGUUGCUUGGGAAGAAGUAUAUAUACCUUGGAUUAUUCAGCAGCGAAGCAGAAGCUGCAAGGGCCUAUGACUUGGCAGCCAUGAAAUAUAAUGGAAAGGAAGCAGUAACCAACUUUGAGCCAAGCAGCUAUGAAGAGAAGAUAAUUGUGGAUGAAAAGGGUCAAGAAUGUAUUUCUAUUGCUAUGAAUUCAGGAAGUGGACACAAUCUUGAUCUAAGCCUCGGGAUUUCUUAUGGUUCAAAGGGAAAGGACAAUGAGGGGAGCUGUCAUUUUCUUUGCAACAGAGAGAAACUGGGAGGCGCCACAGAGAAGAAAGUUGAGACAGUUUCUCUGCCAAGAUUUUCGAGCUGGGCAUGGCAAAUGCAAGCCAAUGGCAUUGUUACCCCAAUGCCAGUAUUCUCUACUGCAGCAUCAUCAGGAUUCUCUUCUUCGACAACUACUGCUCCAUCAGCUACCCUUCAACCCAACUGGCAGAACAAUUCUGUCUACAAUCUCAGCCUUCCUUUACAGGCGGCCUCCUCAUCCAAUACCAAGACUACUUCUAACUACUUCAGUUAUAGGAGCUGAAAACCAAAAUGCAGCCAUUUGUCUUUAUGCAUUUAGAAGGUUAGGUAUGGAAGACUAGUUCUUCACCACAAUUCUCUGUACUGUGUAGAGAUGUGUACCAUAUAAUAUUAAGCAUAUAUUGCUUUUGUGUGGUCCAAACAAUUUUUUAUCCUUUUGCAAGGCUUCUGUUAAUAAGCAGGUCCCUGAUUUUGGUCCUCUGGAUUAAUUCAAUACAUCUUAAAAUAGUGCUCCUCA